CAUCUUCUUCACAACAAUCUCUAGCUUUAUUCUAUCUACAGCUAGCUACAAUGGGUUACUCUUCUUUGCUCUCUUUAAGUCUUGGCCUUCUUCUUCUAUUUAAUUGCAGUUUUGCUCAUAUAGAACAGGUCGUAAAUUCACAGCAGCAGCAACGCUACCAGACUCAAUGUCAAAUCCAGAACCUGAAUGCUCUUGAGCCCCAGAGAAGGAUUGAAUCUGAGGCUGGUGUGACGGAGAUCUGGGACCAGAAUGAGGAACAACUACAAUGUGCUAACGUUGCUGUGUUCCGUCACACUAUUCAGAGCAGAGGCCUCUUGGUCCCUUCAUAUAACAACGCUCCUGAGCUUAUCUACGUUGUCCAAGGAAGGGGCAUUCAUGGAGCUCUAUUCCCGGGCUGCCCUGAGACAUUCCAAGAAGAGUCAGAGUCACGGAGAUGGUCAGGAGAACAACAUCAAAAGGUCAGGCAUAUCCGGGAAGGUGAUGUCAUUGCAUGGCCAGCAGGAGUUGCUCACUGGAUUUAUAACAAUGGCCAGUCCAAGCUUGUUUUGGUUGCACUUGCAGACGUUGGCAAUUCUGAAAACCAGCUCGAUCGGUACUUUAGGAAAUUUGUCCUGGGUGGAAGCCCUCAACAAGAAAUUCAAGGUGCUAGUCAGAGCCAGAGCCGGAGAGGAAGAAGCCAGCAGGGACCGAAAGGCAACGGUGUGUUGAGCGGCUUCGCCGAGGAGCUACUGGCACAAGCUUUCAACAUUGACACUCGGCUAGCCAAAAGACUGCAGCAGGAAGAGAAGAGGCAGAGGGGCAUUAUUAUCCGAGCUCGAGAGGACCUUCCGGUACUAACACCACAGAGUCAAGAACAAGAACGAGAAUACGAAGAAGAAAGAGAGCGAACACGUAGAAAUGGAGUAGAAGAAACCUUCUGCACAAUGUCACUGAAGCACAACAUCAAUGACCCAUCACGCACUGACAUCUAUAACCCACGUGGUGGACGCGUCACAAGCAUCAACGAGUUGAACCUUCCCAUCCUCAGAUACCUCCAACUCAGUGCUGAGAGAGGAGUACUUUACAGAAAUGCUAUCCUGGCACCUCACUGGAACAUGAAUGCCCACAGCGUGGUUUACAUCACAAGGGGCAGUGCCAAGAUUCAAAUCGUCUCAGAGAAUGGAGACUCAGUAUUCGAUGAGGAAAUUCGUGAGGGUCAGCUGGUGGUGGUUCCACAGAACUACGCAGUGGUGAAGAAAGCCAACAGCGAGAGAUUCGAGUGGGUAGCAUUCAAGACCAAUGAACGGGCCCAGAUAAGUCAGCUGGCUGGAAGUGCUUCAGUGAUUAGAGGGUUGCCAUUGGAUGUUAUAAAGAACUUAUUUGAUAUCUCCAGAGAAGAUGCGCAAAGAUUGAAGGAGAACAGGGCUGAGAUUACAAUUUUCGCCCCAGAAUCAAGGUCACAGCGAGAGAGCCAAAGAGAGAGGGAGAGGGAGAGGGAGAGGGAGCGAGAGGAGAGGCAGAGACAGUGAGUUCAGUGAGUUAAGCGUCUGAACCUACAAAAUAUGUACAGAGGUUAAGAAAUAAUAAAGCCCCUAGUACGAACGGGCUUCAAGAACUUGAUAGAGUGUAUGUAAGUUCUAUGGCCGACUUCAAUAAUGAAAUAUAAGUUUUCUCCGGCAAUCAAAACAAA